AUGGGUCGUGGCAAAUUGGCGUUAGAGCUUAUCCCCAAAGAGAGAGCACGGAGGGUCACCUAUGAGAAGAGGAGGAAGGGGCUCGUGAAGAAAGCCCAUGAGUUCACCACCCUGUGCGGUGUCGAUGCGUGCAUGAUUAUCUAUGGCCCCGAAGGGUCUGCCACCGCCGCCGAGCCCAUGGUCUGGCCUUCGAGUCCCGAGAAGGUCAAGCUCGUCAUCGAACAGUACAGGAGUGAGGGGGCGGACCGCCGUGCCAAGAGGACGGUCGGGCUGCCCGAGUUCUUUGUGAACCGGAAGAGGAAGGUUGAUGCUGAGCUAGCCAAGGCUCGGCUAGCGAACUGGAAGGUUAAGUACCCGGUCUCGGAGGCGCCGAUCGAGGGCCUAUCCGAGGAGGACCUGAGGAGGCUGUUGGGCUCUCUCGGCCACAAGCUCGAGGCAGCCAAGGCGAGGCUGGCCGUGAUGAAGGAGGAUGCGAUGAGAAGAUCAUCGGGUUAUGUGUCUGAUCACCACAUGCAUGCAGAUGAUCACAUGAAUGGCGUGUUUCAAAACCAGAUUGCGCCAAUGCCAAUGAAGCAGCAGCCGCCACCACUUGAUGUCAACCCGUUACAUCUCGACUUGCCAUAUCACAUGAUGCAGCAGCAGCAACCCCUGUUUGAUCCAGAAGCCAAUUCUUCAAUCUCGAUGCCAAGCGAGUGGUGGGGACAGAGGAUCCAAUACCCGAACCACUGCCUUUGUGGCAAUGUCCCUCCUCAGCAGAACUUCCAGUUCACCAACCUAAACCUGGAGGGGAUGAUGCUCUCGGAAACGUCGGCAUACAGCCCCGUUCUGGGCAACAUGUCGGGGAGUACUCCGAGCUUCGGGGCGUGCCACAAUGUACCGAUAGUCCAGCCGGCCCCGCCCCCAGCGCCGCUCUCAGUGAUGCAGUGCGAUCCGAUCCCGACCCAGAUGAUGCAGGCUUCUUCGCAGGGCAAUCAUCAGUUUCACGAUUAUCACGUGGUUCUGAACAAGACGAUCAGAGAGUCUUAG